AUGCCCAAAUCGUAUUCCCUGGCUGUGAAUGGCAAGACGCUGGGCUGCGUGGCAUUCGUCGCUUUGCUGAAGCAGCUCGUAGCCUCCGUGAACGAUGGCAGGAUUCUCAGCCUGCACGCGGCUUGGGAGUCGGUCCAGCACACCUCCUGUGGCUCGUUAUCGGAUGAGCUAAGGGGCGAGGCUUCGUCUUUGUUCCAAUCUCUGGCUGCCGGGCGCCCCAUCGAAGGUGGCGCGAAGCUUCCGCUGAGCGAGGAGGCACUAUUCACGGUUGUCCGCGACCGCAAGCGUGCUCUGAAAGCUCAAUGGGAGGAGCGAGCAUUCGGAGAUGAGUCGGUUCGCCGCACUUACUGGAAGGAGCUGAAGACAUCCCUUGCGAGGGAGGAGAACAUGGUCAAGACGCAGAAUGCCCGCGUGGCGGACCAGCAACUCAUGGAAGGUGUCAAGGCCUGGCAGGAGUGGCUGGACAAAGACGAAGACACUGGCACGGACGAGAUCUGCAACUUGCUGGGAGUGCUGAUGACGAGAAUGCCGGGUGCUUCCUUGUCCAGGGCCAGCCGAAUCGCCAUCCAGGCGGCAGCCCGGCGCAUGUCUGCUACACGUAGCGCUGUGGCCCAUGCCCUGGAGCGGCAGAAUGAUCUGCAGCGGAAGGCGGUUGCAUGGGGCGAGAAAGCUGCUCAACAG